AUGUCAGAUAAGACGUUGUCGUCCGUCGGACCUAGGAGUUUCGAGACGAUCUCGGAGGAAGAUGUCGAGUCCCCGUGGGAGAAGCUACUGGGAGAAAUGAAGACUGCUGCUGUACCAACUAUCAUUAAGACAAAUGCGUCUAGCGUGACUAUUUGCAAGGACGAAGUAUCCGCGAUCCCCCCAGCUGUGGAUAUUGAGUCUAACAAACUGACGCGCUCUAAGAGUCUUAAUCAGAGAAGAAACAGCAGUGGUCUCCUCAGCUCCAUCCCGCGGCAACUGAGACUCUCUCUCCGAGGAGUUCGUAGUGAACCUUCCAGUGUAAAGGACGUCCCCACGACCAGGAAUGAUAGUUCCCUUAACCUUCUUCUCAAAUACCGCCAAGCUCGAUACACAGCGAGACGUGUCAGAAAACGCGUCAUCUUCAAGCAUGGAGACUGCAAUGUCGUCCAAUGGAACGUAGCCAAGCGCAGGCGCCGAUACCUUCAGGACAUCUUUACGACCCUCGUGGACGCUCAAUGGCGCUGGACGCUGAUGGUGUUCUCUCUUUCCUUCAUUCUCUCCUGGCUACUGUUUGCGCUUAUCUGGUGGCUAAUCAUCUUUACCCACGGAGACCUGAACCCUCCGCCCCCAAGCAACACAACCACCUUCGUCCCCUGCCUUAAUAAUGUCAAUUCCUUCACCGGUUGCUUCCUCUUCUCCGUUGAAACUCAGCACACUAUCGGUUAUGGCUCCAGAACCACAAAUGAGGAAUGCCCUGAAGCUAUAUUUGUCAUGUGCAUUCAGAGCAUUGUUGGAGUGUUCAUUCAAGCUUUCAUGGUGGGAAUCGUCUUCGCAAAGCUCUCUAGACCAAAGAAACGGGCCCAAACGCUGCUGUACUCCCGAAAUGCCGUCGUUUGCUUACGAGACGGCCAGUUAUGCCUGAUGUUCCGAGUUGGUGAUAUGAGAAAAUCGCAUAUUGUAGAAGCGCAUAUUAGGGCACAAAUUAUUCGCCGCAAGGUGGGUCUUAUAUUCGCGAAGCUAGCGAGGGCCAAAAAACGAAAUACCACGCUCCUCUUCUCAAGGAACGCGGUGAUAUGUUUAAGGGACGGGGAAUUUUGCCUUCUAUUCCGAGUGGGAGACAUACGAAAGUCGCAUAUCCUUGAAGCGCAUGUGCGCGCCCAGAUUAUUCGGAAAAAGAUAACACGAGAAGGCGAGGUACUACCAUUUUACCAGGAGGAGCUGAAGGUGGGUGCGGAUGGUGAAGAGGACAGGUUGAUGUUCAUUUGGCCCAUGACCAUAGUGCAUAAGAUCAAUGAGAAGUCGCCGCUCUACAAUCUUUCUGCUUCUGAUAUGCUGAGAGAACGAUUUGAGAUAGUAGUUAUGUUGGAGGGUGUAAUUGAAUCGACUGGAAUGACCACGCAAGCACGUAGCAGCUUUUUGCCAUCAGAAAUUCUAUGGGGACAUCGCUUUGAAACCAUGGUGUCAUUUAGAAAAGAUACUGGAGAGUAUGAAGUGGACUACACGCGGUUUAACAACACGUACGAAGUGGACACACCACUGUGCUCCGCGAAACAGCUCGACGAACUGCGCGCCACCGUCUCUACUUCGCAGAAAUUAGAUCGCAUGUUAGGCACAAUACCCAAGUCAUUCUCUAAUGACACACUGGAUCUCAGCUCGGUCGACUCAAUAUCCCUGGACGAACACAUCGAGAUCAAGAUCCCAGAAGCCAGAGUUCGCGAGAACAGACUUAUGGCGCAGAACAACUUCGUGCAACAUGUCAAUGAAAAACUCAAAAACACAAGCCCCACAUAUUUGGCUGUCGAAAACGGCCAAGAGAUGCUACCGAAAAACCUCUCCAUGACUGGAAUCAACGCGGAAGUGAAGACCUCCGAAACAAAAGAUGGUCACAUGCACAGGAGUCAAAGCCACGCCAGCUUCAAACGGCCGCACGGACUCACGCCCAACGGGAUCGGGCACAACGGACACGUGCACAGGGACCACCACAGAAUCAAAAAAUCGCCAAGCGACAACUACAUUGUAGAAAAAACGCCAGUUCCACCAAUACCGAUAUUGGUGACGUCGCCGGAGCCAGAGCCCGUAUGA